AUGCUGCUGCUGCUGCUGCUGCUCCUGGUGAUCUCGUGGCCGCCGUCGGGCGACGCGGUGUCCCUGGCCGAGCAGCGCCGACCCGGCCUCCCGGGGCCAUCGGACACCCACCCCGAGGCCGAGCCCGAUCCCUGGUCCCGGGAGUUGAGGAUGCGCUACGAGGACCUGCGGGCCAGGCUCCGGGGACAGCAGAGCUCGCGCGACGCCGCGCCCGGCCCCGCCCCCGCCGUGCGAAUCCUCAGCCCAGAACUGCGACUCGGCUCCGACGGCCACCUGCACCUGCGCCUCUCCCGGGCCUCGCUGACAGAGGGUCUCCCGGAGGCCUACCGCGUGCACCGGGCCCUGCUGCGGCUGUCCCCGACACAGACGAAGUCGUGGGACGUGACGCGGCCGCUGAAGCGUCAGCUCAGCCUCAGAGGAUCCCGGGCACCCACGCUACAUUUGCGACUGUCGCCGCCUGCGGACCUGCCACUGGCACUGUCGCCCUCCGCCGGACCUCAGCUGGAACUGCAUUUGCGGGCACGAGCCGCCAGGGGGCCCCGCAGCGCGCGUGCACGAGGCUCAGACGGCUGCCCGCUCGGGCCCGGGCGUUGCUGUCGCCUGCAGACAGUCCGAGCGACGCUGGAGGACUUGGGCUGGACUGAUUGGGUGCUGUCGCCGCGUGAGCUGCAGGUGAGCGUGUGCGUCGGCGAGUGCCCCAGCCACUACCAAGCGGCCAACACGCAUGCGCAGAUCAAAGCGCGUCUGCACGGCCUGAGGCCGGACGCGGUGCCCGCCCCGUGCUGUGUGCCCUCCAGCUACGACCUCGUAGUCCUCAUGCACAAGACCGACCGCGGCGUCUCGCUCAGGACCUACGACGACCUCCAGGCCAAAGCCUGCCACUGCGCAUGA